AUGGGGACGCGCAGCGUGGCGUUGUUUGCAUGCCGAGGAAUGGCGCACGGCGAUGCUCCUUCGGGAGGGACUUACGGGCGCACGGCGUGUCUCGCGGCGAAGGCGCGUCUCACGGGCCGCGAAGGCGCGUCUCACGGGCGAAGGCGUUCUGCGGGGUUGUGCGAGCGGGAUUGGGGCAGGGUGGCGGCGGAGGGGAAGGGUAGCCCCAGCCCGUACCUCUCCGCCCCCCCUCCCGCUCCACUGCCCCACCCGACAACGACUACAUCGACCUCCUUCUGCAACGACUACAACGCAGGAGGAGCAGGCAACACCGCAGCAACUACAGCGAGUAAGGGAGGUAAAGGAGAGCUAGCUCUCCCUCUCCUCUUCUCUGCGCAGCGUCAGAGGCGGGAGCUCGCGGGGACGGCGGCGAGCAACGGAGGUAACGGGGGGAGGUUCGCUCUUGCCUGCGCAGCGGAAGCGGGAGUGGGGACUCGCGAGGACGGCGGAGGUAACGGGGGGAGGGUUCUCCCUUGCCUGCGGAAGCGGGAGUGGGGACUCGCAGGGACGGCGGCGAGCAAUGGAGGUAACGGGGGGAGGUUCUCCCUUGCCUGCGCAGCGGAAGCGGGAGUGGGAGGGAGCUCGCGGCGACGCAUCUUCGGGGGCGUCUCACGGGCGCGCGGCGGGGCAUCGGAGCACGGCGCAGCGCGGCGCAUCGGAGCACGGCGCAGCGCGGCGCAUCGGAGCGCGGCGCAUCGGAUGUUUCAAGAACUCAAGCAAGACAAGAAGCGUCGGGGUUGUGCGAGCAGGGCGGCGGAGGGGGAAGGGUAG